UUUCAGCAUUAUGCACAGUGCUUUUUUCAUUGGAGCGGUCCUCCUGUUGGGGGGAUCCGUUUUCGCGAAUUUAUACGACCUUAGUGGGUACGACGGUUUCCAUCGUCCAACAACUCCACGUCCCGGAAAUAAUGGUACAAAUAAUACGCAAAGCAGAUGUACGGGCAUGAGCACUGGAACUUUACUUCCUUCCCUGAACAAUUGUUCAUUUUUCGUAACCUGCCAGAACAACACCGAAGUGGAAUUGGAAUGCAGACCGAAUGGAACUUAUUUCGAUUAUCAACGUCUUGCUUGCGAUCACCGGGAGUUUGUAACGUGCUUCAAACCAGAUCGAUGUGCCGCACAACCGGACGGUCUGAUCCCAUCCGAGGACUGCAGCAAGUUCCACAUUUGCCGAGGUGGAGCAAAAAUUGAGGAAGUAACAUGUGUUUCAAGAGGAACGCUCUUCGACUACAUUCGAGAAGUUUGCGACCAUCCAUCCAACGUUGUUUGUUGGGGAUCGUCUCAGAACCUGUGUGAAGGAAAACCCGAUGGUACCCCGGUUCCGGAAGAGGAUUGUUCAUAUUUUUCAGAAUGCCUCAACGGUGAACCUGGAGAACCAAUUCGCUGCCAACCAGAAGGAACAAUCUUCGACUAUCAACGAGAAGUUUGUGAUUUUGUUGGAGAGGAGGUCUGCUGGACUGGUAAUGGCAAUGGAAGUGGCAACUCCACAACUGAAGCCCCAGGCACUACCGUAAUGCCAACACGUCCUCCCAAUUCCAACUUGCCUCCUGGCGUUUGCAAUGGCGUAGGAGUUGGAGCAUUGCCUUAUCCUCAAGACUGCACCAUGUUCAUCGCUUGUAUUCUCGGUCAACCAACUCUUCAACCAUGUCCACCGGGACAAAUAUUUUUGCCAAACAUCUCCCAAUGUGGUGAAGGAAAUAGCGGAACAUGUCGUGCCAAUCCACGCGGCUAAAAAAUAAGAAAUGUGCUGAAAGUACGUAGUCGAUUGUUUGGAAACACGGAUGAAAACUAUUGUAUCUUUUUUUUGUAAAUAAAUGAAGUAUGAUUUUAAUUAAA